AUGGACAUCAACGGAGUAUGCAUAAAGGCGGCCAGAAGGGGAGAGAGGCAAUGUGAACUUCCUGAGGCAGGUGUUUCGGUUACAAUCUGGUGGAGACUUGCAACGCAUGAUUGGAUAAGACCCGCUUACGCGUUUGGCUACGAUUCGUGCACCAAUGACUAUAAAGUUUUGACAAUUUUCAGUCACCAACGUUCUACUGGUCCUGCCGUGGACACCCCAUUUGCCGUCCAGGUUUACUCCUUAGCCAGGGGCUCCUGGAAGACUCUUAGUCCUUCUCCUCCUACUGUUUCUAUUCCUGGUUCCGAUCUUCUGCAUAUAACGGUGCAUCGUAAGUCUGUUUUCAAUGGUGCCGUGCACUGGUUUCUAUGCCGCAAUCUAAACUACAAAGAACUUGGCAUUGUGUCGUUUGAUAUGGCCACUGAAUCGUUCAGCCAGAUCGAGUUACCGAAACCUUUGAGAAAAACGACAGACAGCCUUGUUCUUUCGGUACACGAGGAUUCCCUCGCCUUGCUCAAGAUUUUCCAGCGCCGUUACUCAAGAUCAAGAGUAAUUACUCAUUGUUAUCUUAAGUUAUGGGUGAUGCAACAGUAUGGUGCGGUGAAAUCGUGGACUGAAUCAAACAGCGUGACGCUCUCGAAGCCAGUCUUCAGUCUACCAUGUUGGUUUUAUAAGCAACGGCGAACAAGUGUUCAAAAGCACAAAAGAUAUCAGACUUGUAAUGGUGGAUUUUAAGACCAAACAAGUUAGGUAUUCUGGAGUUGGAGAGGGACGGAAUUACGAGUCCAUGGAUUCUUUUGUAGAGAGCCUUCUGUUACUUGACCAAUCCAAUGCUUGUUCUUACCAAGUAGCAGGAACAAGCAAACCAACAAGUCUGGUGGAUUGUAGUUGGCACUUUCUUUUCACUUGUUAAUAACAUUCCUUCAAUUUGUGUUACGUUCCUUCAAAUGUAUGGAUUUGCAUUAUAAAGUGUUGAUGAUGAAUACAUAUAACAUAUUUCUUUUAUCA